UAUAUACACUAUCAUCCCCGCUACCAUACCCUUUAAUUUGUGUGUACCAUAUUAUUCUAUGGACUCCAUUAUUAUGAAAUCAAGCUUCCCUGCAGUACUCCUCUCAAGAAAACCUCAAAUCAGAGCAUUGAGUAAGGUUUCGAUCAAAGCCCCGCCUGCCAGUUUCGAUUACAGGGAAGAGAUUGGUCAAGAGUCGAAAGCAGCCAUAGCUGAAUGGCACCCUGAGUUGCUUGACUUGGCUGAGAAUGGGAGCUUGGUUUUGGUGCAGAAGAAGAGGUUUGGCCCUGUCCCUUCUUGGAGGACUGAGUUCGUGGAACCCGAGGAGAUUUGGCUGGUCGGAACCAACCAUGUUUCGCAGGGGUCCGCCGUGGAGGUAGAGCGUGUGGUGCGGUGUCUCAGACCAGAUAAUGUGGUUGUAGAACUCUGUAGAAGCAGAGCUGGGAUCAUGUAUGCAUCUGGCAAUGAUGAUGACGUUGAUGAAGUAGGCAAGUUCAGAUCAAACAUGUUCUCUUUGACUGGCACUGGCUUCUUUGGAGCUGUUGGUCGCAGCAUAAACUUGGGUGGUCAAACUGCUUUGGCAUUGCGAUUGCUUCUGGCUGCUUUCUCAUCCAAGAUCUCUUCAGAUAUUAACCGCCCUUUUGGUGAUGAGUUCCGUGCUGCUCGAAAAGCUUCUGAGCAAGUUGGUGCACAGAUUGUUUUGGGAGAUCGUCCCAUUGAAAUAACACUACAGAGAGCAUGGAAGGCUUUAAAAUGGAGUCAGAAACUAAGUUUAGUCACCUCGGUUAUUCGUGGGAUAGCUUCUUCUACUUCUGACAUUUCUGCAAAUAAGCUUCAGGAAGCAAGUUCAGAGGAUGGUACAUUUCAACUUUAUGAGCAACUAGGUUUUACAUACCCAUCACUAUUGCCGCCUCUCAUACAUGAAAGAGAUGUUUAUCUUGCAUGGUCAUUGAAGCGAAGCAAAGCUGUGAACAAUUGUAAAAGCGUGGUGGGUGUUAUUGGAAAAGGGCACAUGAAUGGUGUAAUAUACGCACUCUUAUCUGAUACAGGCAAUUUGAGGUUUCGAGAUCUUGUUGGCACAAGAGAUUCCAAUUAUCAAUGGAUUCUUGACCUUGUUAAGGGUUUAAUCAGGGACACAGCCAUUGGUCUUCUCUUAUGGGCCUUAUAUCAAUUCAUAUAUCACACAACAUAAAAACACAAUUCUAUUUAGUCUUACAUUGUUUAAUUUGUCACAAAUCCUAUCACAUAUAUGUGCAUAUGAACUGUUAUACAUGCAACUUUUAAAUAGAACUUCUCAUGCCAUGUUGGACUAAUCCAAUUCAUGUGAGGACUAGCUGAGAUUUUAAAACUCUUGGUCAGUUGAACCA